AUGUUUGCAGGCGUGGUUCUGAGCACGUAUGUUUGUCCUUCAUGCUGGACCAUAUCACAACUGGUAUGUGAUGAUAUGCAGUACUCAUUUUGUUUUCUUUCCCUUAGUUUCUGCCUCUUUCCUUAUCCCACAUUGGCUCAGCUGAAAAAUAACUACUACGCCAAUACUUGUCCCAACGUCGAAACUCUCGUUCGAAAUGCUGUCCAGAAGAAGUUUCAACAAACAUUUGUCACUGUCCCCGCCACCAUCCGUCUCUUUUUCCAUGACUGCUUUGUCCAGGGUUGUGAUGCUUCGGUUAUAGUUGCGUCCUCUGGUGGCAACACGGCUGAGAAGGACCACUCGGACAAUCUAUCAUUAGCUGGUGAUGGGUUUGACACUGUGAUUAAAGCCAAAGAGGCCGUUGAUGCCGAUCCCAAAUGCCGAAACAAAGUCUCAUGCGCCGAUAUCCUCGCCUUGGCCACCCGCGACGUCAUCGCUCUGGCUGGUGGACCUUCGUACGCUGUGGAAUUGGGAAGACUUGAUGGACUAACUUCAACAUCAUCCAGUGUAAACGGGAAGCUUCCCCAGCCAAGCUCCAAUCUGAAACAGCUCAAUUCCCUCUUUGCUGCCAAUGGUCUAUCCCAGACAGACAUGAUUGCCCUCUCCGGGGCGCACACCGUUGGAUUCUCUCACUGCAACCGAUUUUCGAGCAGGAUAUACGGCAACCCGGUGGACCCUACCCUAAACAAGACAUACUUGGCCCAGCUCCGCAGCCAGUGUCCGAAGAACGUGGACCCCAACAUAGCCAUCAACAUAGACCCAAACACUCCAAGAACCUUCGACAAUGUUUACUUCAAGAAUCUUCAACAGCGAAUGGGUCUUCUCACAUCAGAUCAAGUCCUUUUCGAGGACUCAAGCUCCAGGCCCACUGUGAAUGCAUGGGCCAAUAAUAAGCAGGCCUUCGAAAACGCUUUUGUCACAGCUAUCACAAAGUUGGGUCGUGUCGGAGUCAAGACCGGUAGGAAUGGGAAUAUUCGUCGUAAUUGUGGUGCUUUCAAUUAAAAAAAUAUGGAAUAUUUAUAUUUUGCACUUGGAGAGAGCUGAAAUAUGAACAAAAAUUUAGCUCUAUUGGAGAAGGAAUGAAACGACAGAAAAGGAUAAUUAAUUUGUAGUGAAGUCUUGAUCUCAAUUGUAAAAGAAUAUUUAUGUUUCAUGGGUUUGUACAAGGAAUAAAAACCGAGUGACAAAUUGUCAAAGUUCAAA